AUGGGAAGAUACUCGGUAAAGAGGUACAAGACCAAGCGUAGAACCCGGGACUUAGAUCUCAUCUAUGAUGACCUCGCCAACAAGGACCGCAUACAGCACCUGCUGAACCAGCCGCUUGAUGAGACAAAGCCGGGGCUUGGUCAGCACUACUGCAUCCACUGCGCCAAGUAUCUGGAGACGGCAAUUGCGCUGAAGACACAUCUCAAGUCUAAGAGACACAAAAGACGAGUCAAGGAGUUGAAGGGCGUGCCCUACACGCAGGAGGUAUCCGAUGCGGCGGCAGGCUUGAAUCUGCAGAAGUUUCUAAACCGAGUGGAGCAGAUAAAAGGACCUGUGGGUCAGGAGAAGGAGGGAAACGAGCAAUCGUUGAAAGAGCACUUAGAUCACGAGCUUGAAAAUGCAAAGACCACAGAGCCCACUCUGCCCUGGGCCGAAGACGAGCAGCAGCAGGAGGAAGCUGCAAUGGAGUAG